UGCUGGUACCGGUACGGUUUUGGUACUUUACUAGAUUCAUAAAAAAUCCAUAAUAAAAAUACUGAAAUCUGCAUAUGAGGUCCCACUUUUUGCCGGGGCGCUUUUUCCCUGUCUCUUAUUAGCAUUUGUGCUUCUUAUGAAAGAAAAUGUCUGAGCAGGUUGUAAAUCCGGAAUUUUUGGCGCAUUUCUAAGCGGGUUUUUAUUAUAUAUGGAGAAAAGAGAUAACUAGUCUCAACGACUACCUUAGCCGUCUCCUUUCAUCAAGCUUCAUUCUAGAAUUUAAACAGAAUUUCAUGUGAAGCAGCUAAGAAAAGUGAAGAAAAGUAAAGAAAGUGAAAAAUGCCUCGACCAAAAUCGAAUCCUCACCGAAAGUAUUUCUCCUUUGACAUUUUAUCAAACACGAGCACGUGCCUAAUCAAAAAAGAUGAUGUGAAUUGUGGGCAUCAAAUUAAAGGUAAUCAUGGAACUAAUUUGUCGAAGCACAUAAAGCGAUCUCAUAACACAUUGAUAAUUGAAACUGAGGAGCAAACGAGUAGCAACCAAACAAUUACUAAGAAAAAUAGUGUGCCUGCUAAAACGAUUAAGGAUUUCAUAAAACCAAUUGUCCGUGUGUCCAUUACAAGGGAGGAUAUACAAAAUGCAUGUGCUUUGCUGUGCACAGUUGAUGGAAGACCAUUUUCUUUAAUGAACGACAUCGGAUUUAGGCGGAUUCUGAAUCCGUUAAUUGAAGGAUUAGGAUGUGAAAACUUUAUUAAUCCUCAAAACGUCCGUGAUGAUGUUGUAGCCAAAUCAGAGAAGGUCGUCGAAAAAAUAAAAGAAGAAACUAAAGGAAAAAUGAUCGCACUUAAAAUCGACGGCUUGACUCAUCUGAAUCGAUCGUUUAUUGGUGUGUAUGCCUAAGAAAAAAAUCUUAUAAAAAUAUAAUGCUUUCACAAGUUAUUGUGCAAUUUAGGAGUAAACAUACAAUUUAUUUCUGAUGGACAUCUUGUCCUGCGCACAUUGGCAACUGAAGAAAUGUUUGCCUGCCAUUAUGGCUGCAAAUUUAAAAGACACCAUCCUUUUUGUUUUAAAUCGAUUCGAGAUCAGCUCCCAGCAAAUUUAUUCUUGCACCACUGAUAAUGGACGGAAUAUGGUCAAGUUUGUGGAACUUCUAAGUAACGAAAACAUUCCGGAGGAGUUGUACGACGACUCUUCAUACGAGAAUGAAACCGACGUCGACAACGACUUGUCUUUUAUGAAUGACGUUGUUUUGGAAAAUAAGUGCAUAAGUGUUCGUUGUGCAGCACAUACUCUUCAGUUGGCGGUCAAUGCAGUACUUAAAGACAAAAAUUGUUCGAAAACAAUUGGUUUUGCCAGGAACUUGGUCAAAAAAUUGCGAACACCAACCAUGUCUUACAUUAUGAAGGAGAAAAAUCUAAGAAAACCGCCCAUUGAUUGUCCUACGCGUUGGAGCUCGUCCGACAAAAUGUUAGCGUAUUUUGUAGAAGAUGCAGUAUACCAUUUAUAUUUGGAUCAAAAAGUUUGGGAUUCAAUUCGCGAAAUUGUAAGCCUAUUAGAGCCAGCUGAGGUUGUCACAUCAAAACUUCAAAGCCAAAAUUUGGUUUUCGGAGACUUUUACCACACUUGGAUUAGUUGUAAGCUACUCGUGCAGAAAAAUAACUCAAAGUUGGCCAAAUUUUUGUUAAAAGAACUGGAAGAUCGUGAAAUUUUAUUAUUUGAAAACGAUGCAUUUCUGUGUGGAAUAUUCUUAGAUCCCAGAUUCAAUAUUACCCUAAGCAAAAAUCAAAAACAGACUUGUAUUAGUCUAUUAUCCAAUAUUUACUUCCAAAUUCUAUCGAUAUCCAAUAAUUCAAUAUCAAUUAUUGAGAAAAGUUUAGAAGCAAGCCUUUCAGAAAGCUUCGACGAAGUUGAUAAAUACCUAAAAUUGGAAGAAGCAAGAUCUGUAGGCUCACCUUCAUGUAUGUCUACAUGCAGCCUUUUAGAAUCAAUACAAAUUUUUCUAAAACAAUGGCGCCUUUCCAAGUCAUCAGACAUUAUUAAAUGUUGGUCCGAGUCUUCCGAAAAAAGAGUUGUUUACAAUUUCUCAAGUGGCCCUAUGUGUUCCUGCUACGUAAGUGAGCGUAGAGAGGUUAUUUUCCAACGUUAAGUUUAUCAUGAAUCCGCUCAGAAACCGUUUGGACAUGAAAUCUUUAAACGCAAUCAUGCUUUUGAGAACCAAUCACAUGUUUUCCAAAUAAUUAACGUUUUUUCGUAAAUUUAUUAUAAUUAUAAGUCAUAACCAUCUCUAUGAUUUUGGAUCCAUUGAACUAUUAUUAAUGUGCCUUCAAAUAAAGAUUUUAUUUUCUUAAUAAAACAUAAA